AGGAAAAUUUAUAUCAAGUACAGCUACUUGUGCUGGUGCACACGGUUACUGUUUUUUUUUGCGUUUGGCUUUGGAGGAACUCACUACAAAAAUAGCUUCUGAGGUUGACCCUCACUCUUCCGAAUUUACUCACAUUAACUCCCUCAGCCACUACCUGUGGUUCGAAAAGAACUUCUCAGCCUCGAAUUUUUAAAAUCACCCCGACUCGUCGGAAGUAGAAGAUCAGAGUCCAAAUCAUGUAUGGAUUGCAAAAAUGUCUGGGUCUGGAAACUUGUAAUGCUAAAAGUGAAUGGUAGACGCACUGCAAUACGCACCUUUGCAUGACAAAUUUUUUGGCUGCCAUGUCUUACGUAUUCCGCAUGGCAAACUGCGUUUUUGCAUGACAGGCAAGAGGGCCUUUUCGCGCCUAUGCAACACAGAUUCUCGAGCCAUGCCAGACAAGCAUGACAAACUUGCAUUCUUUCAGACCCAGACAUUUUCACAAUCCAUAUCAUGCCGAAAAAGACUACCACCUUGUUCGCCGGCGCACAGGUUGCGGUCGCGGCGAAGCAGGGUGGUGAAAAUGUCGAGGACCAGAAGAUGGCGGAGAAGUCGAUCGCGAAGGGGGGGGGGUGCGGUUGGCAUCGUCCAUUCCCCGCGCACUUCCAAGAUGAUGGAGGACCGGGCAGGUACAGAAUAUCUUUGGAUUUUUAUAGAGGAUGCUGCUGCUACUUGCGCAUAUUUUUUACGCGGGAGGAAGCGCAAGGUCAUUUGAAGAUAGGCGGAUCAGAGUCGUUUGUCGCUUUAUUUUCUUGGCAUGCAGUCGUAUUCAAAUAGAAAUGGUACUUAUUUCGAUUCUUAUCGCUCGCAAGACAAUAGAUAUAGAAGAAGCGCACUCGUGCACUUGCGCCCGCCGUAGGCGACGUUUCGCACAUUGACUUUCACUUCUAUUUUCUUGGCACGCAGUUGUAUUCCAGUACAAAUAGUAUAAUAUACUACUUUCAACGCGUACAUCCAGUCAAAAAAAUAGUACACCGAUAGUCUGAACGCGUACAUCCAGUACAAAUAGUAAAAUCGAAUAAUUCGAUUCUUAUCGUAAUCGCCCGAUUUACUGUUACACUCGUGCACUUGCGCCCACCACCGUAGGCGACGUUUCGCACAUUGACUUUCACUCAUCAAAAACCCAAGGUAAAAGUAAAAUUCCGCGGGGCUCGAGGACGCUGACGCAGUCCUUCAAUGGCCUACGGGAACCGGUAUUGAGUACUUCGAGUGGGUUCCUCUCACUCAGUAUUGACCAACAUCGCUUGGCGGAACAAGCGACGUCGGCGAAAUGUAAGCCCUACGACGGCGGGUGGGGAAUGGAUGAUGAAGCGGAGUGUCCUUGCAAACAAGACGAGGUCGCGUACUACUACAAAGACAAAUGGUUUGACAAAGCCUUGAAUCAUGUUCCCCUCAUCCAUGCUGGCAGGACAAUGUACAAGUGCUUCAGCAGCUGCUCCGACCUCGGCGCCGCGAUGAAAGAUUACGAAGCCCCCCAGUGGCUCAAGCACGACAGUCGCGAUCAGGAUUGGAAACCAGUAUGUGGCCAGUCACUGGAUUUCUUGAACGAGGCGUUGACAGAUCAGGCGCAGUCACACGGCAUCACUGGAAACUCCGGGACGCAAUGCAAGUGGCAGCAAAGCGCGAGCAAUUCGGGUGAUUACGAAUGCGUGGAGACUAAUCCCUUGACCUAUGUUGUAAAAUAGUUUAAGGGGCGAGUAAAUUGCGGACGGAUGGUGUGUAUGAAUAUAAACCAAGGGGACUAGUACGUCCCUCGAAAGUCAACCGGGGCAGUUUCGGAAGACUGAGACAAUAGGUGUCAUUUUUUAGCUACUUGCAAUACACAAUUUACCACAACAUCAACCAAAUCCGUUUCUCGUCGUCUCGAUUUGCCUCAUCUGAUGCAAAGGUCUGACUCCUUCUCUUUUCCGUGACUUCCGACCGUGGUUGAUUCUCAACAAAAAUGUAAAAUGGAAAUAUGUACGAUGUACGCAUAUUGCUUCCCGAAACCGGCCCCCAUACUGGCGAUUUGACUUUUUCCAGUAAAGCUUUCCCCUAUCAAGUUUCAAAACCUUUCUUCUUUUUUUCAGCCCUAAACCCAAUCAAGUUUUUUGAGCUUUACCCUUGUUAUAGUUUCAGACCUGCCCCAACAAACAGAUCAACACCUUUCAAGCCCUCUUUUUCGCAGCCUUUUCGAUUUUUACUUUUCGCUCUGUCUCACAGAGGUCUACCUCCAAACUCUUACAGGAACAUUUCAUUCUAGCUGCCUCCCAACCUUUCCCUACUUUGGUCUAAAUCCGGCCUCGAUUCAAAUCAAUUUCACGCACAGGUGUUUGAGAUUGAGCUGACAACUGCCCAGACUGGACAGAGACGACACAAAGUCGCGCGCGGCCUGCCUCCGCGGUUUCGGAAAUGAAUCCUUUUUAAGCGCCGCUCUCGGAAGAUCAUCCCGAUCUGGAUCUGCGGCUAGGCCUAGGUUAGUAGAUGAUUGAC